ACCAUAACACAAAACAAUAUCAUGUCAGCAUCCGUCAUCCUGAAUUUCUAGUGUGAACUAGCUUACAAGGCAACAAAAUCCAGCAAUUAACAUAAUUAAACAUUACUCCUUCACAUCUAGAUAUGCCUCCAAAAUAAAACAGACUUUAGAUUUUGAUCAAGCAAACUGACAAAUUUUAUUGAUGAAAAUUAGAGAAUCCUAAAUACAACGACUCUGACCACUGACUUGAGGCUAGGACUAGGGGUGGCAGUUCGGUUGUCGGUUAGCGGCUAACCGGACUGUUAGAUCGAUAACCGCCAGUUAGCGGCUAACCGAAAACCGACUGUAUACAGUCUCGGUCGGUGGUCAGAGUGGCUGGUAGGAGAGUCGGCUAGCCGAGCAACCGAAAUCGGCUAGCCGAGCAAUCGAAAUCGGCUAUCCGAGUAACCGAGGCCAAUCGACCAAUAUAAAACCCGCGCCCAAAUGUCCACCCCAAACCCUAUCCUCCUCCUCCUUCUCCUUCGUCGACCUUGAUCCCUCCCUUCCCUCACCACCAGCAACCACCCCCCGUCUUCUCCCAUCGGCCAAACCAUCGACGGCGCCCAUAUGAAGCUCUCUUCCAAUUAACCAUUCCCUUCCCCCAUCUGACGAACCCUAAAUCCCAAAAUUUUCGAAUCCACUUCUCCCUGAAUCUUCUUCUUCUCCUUAAAUUUUCGAAUCCCUAAAUCUUCAUCUUCUCCCAUCAACCAUGUCCAAUUCCGAUGCCGCAGCCAUGAUCGACCUUCUAUUCCACCCUCACCUCCACAGACACCACCACCAGCACCAGCCGCCGCCCUUCCCUGCCUCCUCCGCUCCCCCUCCUUCCACCGCCACCACAACUUCCUCCACGACUCCGCCUCCAACCGUCGCGACCUGCAUGCAAGCAGGCAGCCUCCACCCGCCACGCCGCGCUGCCUGCCGCCUCCAACCGCCGCCGCGCGAACGCCAUCUCCCUCCGCCUCUGUCCGCCGGCUUCGCGAGGUCACUCCUCCCUCUCCCGUCGGCGGCAAGCCCUCCUUCUUAGCUACUUCUUGAAUCUUGAGUGGAAAAGAAAGGAGAGAGAAGGAUGGAGGAGAGAGACGGAGAAGAUAAUGAAUAAGUGGUGGUGGUGGAGAUACAGAAUAAGUGGUUCCUGCAUUUUUUAAUUUUUUUUUUUUAGAUUAGGGUGUGGUUUUCGGGCAUGAGGUUAACCGAACCAAAACCGGCUAACCGACUGGUCGGUGGUCGGCUAGCCGCUGUAUCUUUCACGGUCGGUGGUCGGUAGCCGGAGGUGGUCGCUCGGUUUAACCGAUAAUCAAAAAAUCGGUUUUCGGUUAAACCAAAACCGACCGACUGACACCCCUAGCUAGGACUCUACUGGUGAAAACAUAUAAAAAAGGACCAACUCG